AUGGUUCCAUUGGCCGUCCGGCUAUCAUCACGUAUUACACGAACCCUCCAUUCGUCCGCCGUCCAGUUGAACAGCCGCAGUGGAGGAAAUGGCUCCAAGCCUGUCGAAGACUCAGCGGAUCAUGGCGACGAGCUUGAAAACCAAACCGGCACAGAAUCAUCUGGUGGACGCUGGAGGGGACACGCGGCUGGGCCUAUAAGGACACGCCAGCAACGAAAGAGACAAGUGACUGCUCUGCCGCCUGUUGAAUUAUCGCAAAUGUUUCUGCAGAAUAAUCUAUCACUCUACGGAGCCCAGGAACGGCCACAGCUUCCUAUUGCGCUGGCAGAAGAUGCAAGGCAUGAGAAAUUAUUUCAAGCUAUUGCUGAGCAAGGACCUUCCUUCAAAAAGAAAUACGAGGCACUGGAAACAUAUUUCGAGACAGCAUUGAGACACCUCUUUAUUCGGAGCGGCGAGCUCGCGAUAGAUCUGGAAAAUUCCCGUUUAGACCAGGAUGACAGAAGAUGGGAAUCUACGGAGACUAUAGCGCGCGCAGUGCGGGUUGGGGAUAUGAUCAUUGAAUCUUCCAAUUGUCUAAUUGAUUCCAUAUAUCCAACCCGUCAAUUUGAACAUGGCUACAGAGUUCGACCUUUCUGGUGGUCUCAUGUUCUUAAAGUUCUUAAAGGUGGUACACCGGCUCGCCAUGAUCAAUGCUCUCCACUUGCUGCCUCUAGUUCUUUGAAUGAUCAACUUGAUUUUGCAGAGCGAUAUGAUUAUGCCUUACCGCAUAUCAUCGCUGACCUCCCCGCUGAUACGUUCAUUGCUCUACGAACGAUGAUUAACCGCGAACUUUUCGCAUCGCCAUCACCAACGUUCGAUCACAAAACGAGCAAGAGGCCAAUUACAGUCUUUUCGAUGUUUGGAUACGGGGGGAAAUCCAUAUCAGAAGCAAUCGGCAGACAUUUUGCACACUACAGCGGUGCAGACCUGGUUCACUUGGAUGCGUAUGAUCUUUCAGAGCUGGUUGGCGAUUAUCUAGGCCAGAAUUGGGCUUAUUCUCGCACACCCCUCUCAAUGCUGGGUUUUAGAGUCGCCGAAUUGAGUGGGAAGAUGGCGCGAAGUCGAGAUGAUAAGCCAUUUGAGAGCCAAGAUGAAGACUCUGAUGCAGAAGUUGGCAUCGCCACGGGUAGUUCGGGCCCCUCAGGUGUGGUGGAGGAGCUUCAGAAAUUACGUCAAGGAGAUUAUGAAAGUUUUAGUAAAUGGGAAAACCUCAAGAUUGACAAAAUUUUGGAUCAAAUCAUUCGAUCCGCAGGAGUUGGGUCUACACCGCCUCGUACGCGACCGGUAUUAAUUCAUAUUCACGACAUUGUUGAACUGAGCAUGACGAUUGAGGGGUCUCUCCUGAUCAGCCGGCUGCGAGCCCUCGCCGAUAUUGCUUGGCAACAAGGACUAUCGAUUGCUUUAUUUGGAUCAUCUUCUUGCGAGCAGCCGUCGGAAGAGUAUCGAAAUGCUAUCAAAGAAUUCGCCACGAAUGACUUUGUUGUCACUCGCCAUAUUCAACCAGAUUUCAUCGAACAGUAUACUGCACCUAGAGGAAAUGUUCGAACUCAGGGGCCGUCAUUCCACCUACAAAAAGCUGACUAUCUCGCUGAGAAUGUCAAUAACAUUGCUCGUAUGUUAAGAGCAUUAGAUCCCGAAGCAUCGCCACAGGUAGCUGGCUUGUCAUUUGAGUCUAUCUUAUUAUAUCUGCGUUCCUCAAAUCCCAGGUAUUCCAUACUGCAAGAUUCAAUUCUCCCAGCACCGGAAAUUUAUCAUCUGGCAUGCGCCUUCAAAUUGCAGGAACAACCCAAGUCCAGCACCGGUAGCAGCAGCAUGCCCUCCGGUUUCUUUGAACGGUUUGCUUUAGGCCAUCUGCAACAGUGGCCCGGAGAUUCAAUUUCCAACGAAGAUGCUGCUGAGAGUGACAUAGUUAAUGGCGUCACAAGGGACGAUCAUAGCACAACGGAAAGCCGAGCCACAAUGAAAUUGAAUGAAUACGAGAAAAGAAUAGCUUCUGGCCAAAUUAACCGAGAAAAUCUUCGGACAACAUUCGCAGAUGUUCAUGCUCCGCCAGAAACUAUAUCUGCCUUGAAACUUCUCACAUCACUUUCGCUCGUGCGACCAGAUGCAUUUUCUUACGGUGUUUUGGCGCAAGAUAAAAUCUCAGGUUGUCUCUUGUACGGACCUCCUGGAACUGGUAAAACUAUGCUCGCGAAGGCAGUGGCUAAAGACAGCGGCGCCAAUAUGCUCGAAGUCAGCGGUGCCUCUAUCAAUGACAAAUGGGUCGGAGAAAGUGAAAAACUCAUUCGUGCGGUCUUUACCUUGGCUAAGAAGCUGACACCCUGCGUUGUUUUCAUCGAUGAAGCAGAUUCUUUACUGGCUAGUCGAAGUAUGUUUGCUAACCGAGCGUCUCAUCGUGAGCAUAUCAAUCAAUUUCUCAAGGAGUGGGAUGGUAUGGAAGAGACAAGUGCUUUUAUUAUGGUUGCGACAAAUCGCCCCUUUGACUUGGACGAUGCUGUCUUGCGGCGAUUGCCACGAAAGAUUCUUGUUGAUCUUCCUCUAGAGAACGAUCGACGGGCCAUCCUAGAACUACUACUUAAAGACGAAAUUCUGGAUGAAUCUGUCUCGUUGGAUGAAUAUGCACGACGGACCCCAUACUAUUCAGGAUCUGAUCUCAAGAAUAUGUGCGUUGCAGCUGCAAUGGCUGCAGUGGAAGAAGAAAAUGAAGCUGCGGCUAAACACAAAGGGUCUGCCCCAUUCCAAUAUCCCGAAAGACGAAUCCUUCGCAAAUCUCAUUUUGACAAGGCCCUGAAGAGUAUUCCUGCAAGUAUUAGCGAGGAUAUGAUAUCUCUAAAACUGAUACGCAAAUUUGACGAGGAAUAUGGCAACAGGAAAAGGAGCAUCGCCAAGUCAGCCAUGGGUUUUGGAUUUGUUAAAGACAAGCGCCAUGCUCCUGUUAGAUGA